CAGGGUACCAAAGAAAGCUUAACGCAUAGCGUAGCGUCACGGGUGUCUCGGUUUGUUAUCAUCUUUUUUUAAAUGGCUGCUGCUUGUACUUUGGGAAACGUAACUAACCUUAGCACCUUGGAACGGAUGCUCUCUCUCUCACACACCCACACUCACGAGAGAACAAGUACAAGAAGGGCCCCCGGCGUCCACAUGUCGACAACUUUCUGAUUAUUCCCGUGGAACUCUAAAUUCGCGUCAAGUCCAUUGGGACCCUUUUGAACUCAGAUAUCAACUCCUCUCAACCUCCCCUCUUCGAAUCUUGUAAAGGUGGAUCAGCUUCGUUCAUGACGAGAAAAGCUUGACUAUGGCCAUCUUAGAGCUUCUCAUCACGCCUUGGGCACCGGCCCUGGUGGUUGUAGGCGUAGUCGUCUACUACCUCUACCCUUUCUUCGUCACAUUCGGUUCCCUUCGUGGGAUUCCGGCACCGUUCCCAGCACAAUUCACCAAUCUGUGGCUUCUCUCCGUCGUCCGGCGUGGCACGCGAUACCAAACCGUCGACGAGAUCCACAAGAAGAUGGGGCCCGUGGUUCGCAUUCAGCCCAACCAUGUGAGCAUUGCCGACGAUGAGGCCAUUCAGGCCAUCUAUGGUCACGGCAACGGCUUUCUCAAGUCAGACUUUUACGACGCCUUUGUCUCCAUUCGGAGAGGACUCUUCAACACCAGAGACCGUCAUGAGCAUUCACGCAAGCGCAAGAUUGUGUCGCACACCUUUUCCGUCAAAUCAAUUGGCCAAUUCGAGCCGUAUAUGCACGAGAACCUGGUCCUCUUCGUCCAAAAGUGGGAUGAGCUCGCCAAGAACAACCCAGCUGGCGCCACCAUUGACUGCUUGAAAUGGUUCAACUACCUGGCAUUCGACAUUAUUGGCGACCUGGCGUUCGGUGCGCCGUUUGGCAUGCUUGCAUCCGGUGCUGAUAUCGCCGAGGUCCGCGAAUCUCCCAACAGCCCGCCCAUCUACGCGCCCGCCAUCGAGAUUCUGAACCGGAGAGGCGAGGUCUCUGCCACUCUUGGAAUUCUCCCCGACCUGAAGCCCUGGGCAAAGUACAUUCCGGAUCCCUUCUUCAGCCAAGGCCUGGAGGCCGUACAGAACCUCGCGGGCAUGGCUAUUGCACGCGUCAAGGCUAGACUGGACAAUCCUCCCGAUAUCGACAGACUGGAUCUGCUUGCGCGACUGAUGGAGGGACGUGACGACAAGGGAGAGCCUCUGGGCAGAGAGGAGCUCACGGCCGAGGCCUUGACGCAGCUGAUUGCCGGUAGCGACACGACAUCCAACUCUUCUUGCGCACUUCUGUACCACGCUGCGAGAACCCCUGGCGUACUGGAGAAGCUACAAAAGGAACUCGACGAGGCCAUCGCCCCCACCGUCGAUGUCCCGACCUACGAGAUGAUCAAGGAUCUUCCCUACCUCGCCAUGGUCAUUGACGAGACGCUCCGAUUCCACUCCACCUCUGGCAUCGGCCUUCCGCGUCAGAUCCCCGAGAACUCACCCGGCGUCACCAUUCGCGGCCACUUCUUCCCUCCCGGCACCGUUCUCAGCGUUCCUUCGUACACCAUGCACCACUCCAAGGAGAUUUGGGGACCGGAUGCUGACGAUUUCCGCCCCGAAAGGUGGGAGUCGCUGACGGCGAGGCAAAAAAAUGCUUUCAUCCCGUUCAGCACCGGACCCAGGGCAUGCGUUGGAAGGAAUGUGGCCGAGAUGGAGAUGAAGCUCAUUGUCGCGACGUGGGCUAGGAGGUACAAGGUUGAGUUGAGACAGGAGAUUAUGGAGACUAACGAGGGAUUCCUGAGGAAGCCUCUGGCACUGGACAUCAACAUCAAGAGGCGGUGAACUGCGCGACUGUUUGGUAAGAAAUGUGGCCUUGGGGGCUCUUUAGAUUGUCACGGCAGGGUAUAUAGCGCUUGCACUUGCUUUCAAUUGACCCUCUAUCUUCUCGCGAUCAUUCAUUGCUUGAUACUCGUGAAAUCUCAAUACAUUCAUGUCACGCGGUAUCUAUGGUUACAUAGUCUCAUCUAGAACACACCCUUCAAAGAUCAGCUCUCUCACAAGUCACUAGAACUGUAUGUAGUUCUUAUGAUGUACUUUGUCAAAUGCAUGCUGAACCAUGCCGGGCAUUCACAC